AUGUUUAUCGUUACAAAAGAAAUCGACGGCGAAAAUAUCGGGAAAUUAUGCCGUACUUGUCUAAGAGAAGAUGGCGAUAAAAUGGUUUGCCUGUUCGUGGGACCAGCUGAAUCGUCUCUUGCUGCCAAACUGCGAUCUCUUUCGUGUCUCGAAGUUUGGCAAGGUGAUGGUCUUCCAGAGAAAAUGUGCGAUCGUUGUGUAACUAGAGCUGAGUCUGCUUUAUUAUACAGAGAACAAUGUCGUGCAGCGGAUAGAGCAUUAAGACAAGCCGUUUUAAAGGUUUCCGGCCUGACCUCGUACGCCACGGUAUCCAGUUAUAAAUUGUACCAACAAAAUCAGGGUUUUGUAUCUGUUCCGAAUUCCCAUAAAACCUUGAAAUGCAUAGAAUGCGCUGCCGUAUUUACGAAUUAUCAAGAACUGUGCACUCAUAGCAGAUCGCAUUUACCUUUCGUCCAGGAUGACAUACCGAUGCAGCAUAUGCACAUAGUAGAAUCGCAAAAUUCGUACUUUAAUCUUAACUUUGGCCACCACCUGAGCUCCAACUUGACUAACGAGAGCGUUCAACAUACGCAAUUGUCACCAUUCAUUAGGUCGAAUGCGAUGCAAAUGAUUCCAACGAACGGAGAGAACCCUAGCCGUGCAGCUUGCGCUUUACAUUGUUCUAUAUGUAAUCGCACGUUCACCAAUAGAACCCAAUUAAUAAGUCACAGUAUCACUCACAGUAACGAGAACAUAGAAGUGCCCUGUGAUAACGAAAAUAUAGAUAUCUGCGAGAAUUCUAAUCAAAUUCCACAGAACUUGAGCUAUGAACGAUCGAUUAAUUCCGUUGGUAAUUCUAUUCAAAACUUAUCUUAUCAUAGAGCAACAACGAACGAUAACAACGAAAUGCAAACCUUGGGUUUUCCCGAAAAUGUGGAUCUAGGAGAAGAAGUACGAGAGGGUAGUAGUCCGCAGCAAGUACGAAACGCAGUGAUACCUCAUACGGAAACUUAUAACAUAGCUGACUGUCGUACUGUAAGAUUCUCGAAAAAUUUCGAACGUACAGACGAUAGUCGAGAAACUAUCGACAGGUAUCAGUCCUCCUCCUCGAGUCUUAAUUAUAAGGAACAGAUAGAAAACGAGCACUCGGAAGGUAUACAGCACGUACAGACGAAAAAGUACAAAUGCGAAGUGUGCUGUAAGUUGUUUUCCCAAAAGUCGAAAUUGUUAACUCAUCGAUUGUCACAUUCCGGUCAGCAACCGUUCAGAUGCCCGACAUGCGAGAAAGGUUACUCGUCGAAGAGUAAACUGAAUGCUCAUGUGCGAUUACACACGAAAACCAAUGUUCAUCCGUGUAAAAUGUGCGAUAAAAUAUUUGCCUAUCCGUCUUACCUACGGGAACACUUGAAAACGCAUAAACGGAACAGCAACGGUAACGCGAGAACGGACGAGAACAAAGCUUUCGAAUGCGUGAGCUGCAAAAAGAGAUUUCGCCUGUUGAAAAACCUAAGAGCUCACGAACGGCUUCAUACCGGAAAAGGUUUGGUACGAUGCGAAAUAUGCGACAAAUCAUUUAGUCGAAGUUACAACUUGAAGAUUCAUUUGCGAACGCAUAAAGCAACGAGGCCUCAUAAAUGCGAGUAUUGUAGCAAAUGUUUCGUUCAAAAGGGUAAUCUCGCAGAACAUAUGAGAAUUCACACGAAAAUAAAACCUUUCGAAUGCAAAGCGUGUGGUAAGCGUUUCUCGCAAUCGAGUCAUUUGAAAAAUCACGAAGCGUCUCAUGCCACUGUUAGGCAACAUCAGUGCCGAUUAUGUGGAAAACGAUUCAAACUGGCGAAUCAUUUAAAGAGACAUUUGAUUUUACACAACGGUGCAAAAUCAUAUAAAUGUCAUCAGUGCAAUCAACUGUUCUCGCAAGCGUUUAGCCUGACGAGACAUUUAAAAAGGCACGACUCGCACGCUUAG